AUUUAAAUGACAAAAAAUUUAUAAUUCGAUCUCUUUAAAUUGUUAUGGUCCCAGGAUUUUGGCAUUAAAAAGUAUUUUGAUAUUAAAAUUUAGUGAUAUCAGAUGCUUGUUUUUAAAUUAAUGUUCAUAUAAAUGAUUCAUUUUUCUGGAAGAAUUGUUUCUAAAAAUUUGUUGCAUCACUCAUUCGAUUUUUAAAUUAUUACAUGUCACAGCUAAUUUUUUUUUUACAAUAUUAUAUAGAAAUGUAACAUAUGUCAUAUUUAUGAAGUUGUCAUCUCCCCAGUCAACUAAGAGGUCGAUUAACGAUGCUUGUUUUUUAAAAAAAAUAAUUUUGUUAGCUAUGCAAAGUAAUUCUAAAAUCCCAAAUCAUUGGAAUGUAUACAAAUAUUUGGCCUAAAUUUGAAAACAAAAUUGUACUUAGAUUAAUGAUUUUGUAGGUUGAGUAAGUUUUAUUCAUUUGUCUUACAAUUAAAUUUGAUCAAAUCACAGUUAUUGUACAAAACCAGAAUUCAUACAAUGCAGUCCCUUGUUGACUUGCAGUAAACUUAUUUUAUGAAUUUGUGUAAAGUGAUCUCCCAUUCAAUUCUACAGAGAUUUAAAUGACAGUGCACAUGUAGAUAAAGUCAACCAUGUAAAUAAGAGUAAAAAAAACUGGCAACAAAAUUUCCUGAUGAAUAUUCUCUCAGAGUUGCCAAAAAGCAAUUACUGUGAUUGAUUGAUAAUAUUCUAUUUACAGCUACAAUAUAUGGAUGAACGAUUGUUGAAACCCCUUCUUUUAUACAUUAAACAACUCCUACAUAUUCACCUCAUUUCCAAGAUCCCAUUUCUCAGGAUUUCCCUUGCAAAUUUGUAAAGAUUCUGGUCAGAGUUGAAAAAUUCUUAAUAUUGCAAUGCCAAGAAAAUGUGUCUCCUAUUGGAAAUGCUGAUUGAUGUCUGGAAAUGAUAUUUGAUUAUUAUUUACUACAAUGUAUUUAGGACAUGUAUUUUGUACAUGAACAGGACUCAUGUACCGGUAAUAGUUCAAAAUUUAGAACUGUGACAUUAAAAAUGUUAAAAUUAUUAGACUUUGGUGCCAUUAAUGCCUCAUACCGCUCUGCAUUUUAAAUAAAGGAUAAUUAUCAUACAUAGAUAGAUGCUGUACAGUGAAUUCUUUUUUUGUUUGCACACAACUGAUUCGUUAUCUAUUUAACAAUAUGUGCAGUAUUGUAUACAAAUCUUCAAAAAUUUCAACAUGGCACCAACUUUGUUAUUUUAUAAUUGUUGAUUUAGAAUAUGAUUCAUUUUUUUGUUUUAAAGAACAAACAGCAUUGUUACUCAUUGGGUUACCAGUUUGUUGUCAAAUAAGAAAGAAAAGUUCAAAAGCAAAGAAACGAUGUACAUACAUGUAUUUGAUAUUACAUACUUUCUAUCAAAUACAAAUGGUACCCUAGUUAGCUUUGGAUUCAUAAAAGUGAUGUCAAGUUUCUGUCGCAAACUAGUUCGGAAAAAGUAUGUGGAUCCCUCCAGUAUCACAGACACCAAGUUAUCCAGAUGUUUGACCACAUUAGAUUUAACUGCCCUAGGGAUAGGGAGUACCCUGGGAGCUGGGAUCUAUGUUGUGGCUGGUCAGGUAGCCAAAGACACAGCGGGCCCAGCUGUCAUCCUGUCCUUCCUUAUAGCAGCUUUAGCCUCGGUGUUAGCAGGUCUAUGCUAUGCCGAGUUUGGAGCCAGGGUCCCUAAGACAGGGUCAGCCUAUGUGUACAGUUACGUCACAGUCGGAGAGUUCAUGGCCUUUGUCAUUGGGUGGAACCUUAUCCUGGAGUAUGUGAUAGGGACGGCUAGCGUAGCUCGAGCAUGGAGCUCGUACUUUGACUCACUGAUCCAUAAAUCCAUCCAAACCUUCUUCAGGGACAACAUGCCCAUGAGCAUUGGGGGUCUAUCUCCUUAUCCAGAUUUCUUUGCUUUUGGCAUCACCCUCCUACUCACAUGUAUACUAACUUUAGGAGUGAAAGAAUCCUCAAGGUUUAACAACAUUUUCACAGGAGUGAACCUUCUGGUGGUGUUGUAUGUUGUCAUUUGUGGAUUCAUUAAGGCAGACCUGAGUAAUUGGUCUCUACCUAAACCUCCGCUGAACUCUACAACUGACAAAGCAGGAGAUGGUGGAUUUCUCCCAUUUGGUUUUUCGGGAGUAAUGUCGGGAGCAGCUACUUGUUUCUAUGCUUUUGUGGGAUUUGACUGUAUAGCUACUACAGGGGAGGAAGUCAAGAACCCACAGAAAGCCAUCCCCAUCAGCAUUGUCCUGUCUCUAUUUGGGUGUUUCCUGGCCUACUUUGGAGUAUCGGCAGCCAUUACUCUGAUGAGUCCGUACUACCUCCUAGACCAUGAUGCUCCUCUCCCCGAGGUCUUCUCUAAAGUGGGCUGGGACGUGGCUCGAUAUAUCAUAGCUGUGGGGGCAGUGUGUGGUCUCUCCACCAGUCUCCUUGGUGCCAUGUUUCCAUUGCCCCGAGUCAUCUAUGCAAUGGCCAGUGAUGGUCUACUCUUUCAGUUUCUUGGCACUGUUAGUGAGAGGUUUAAAACACCUGUGGCAGGCACGCUUCUCUCUGGACUGUUUGCAGGGUUCAUGGCAAUGAUGUUUGACCUUAAAGAGCUAGUGGACAUGAUGUCCAUAGGAACCUUGUUAGCGUAUACUCUUGUAGCUGUUAGUGUUUUAUUGUUAAGGUACAGAGUGAAUUCCUUUAACCAAUACAGGGCAGAUGACCGAGAUUCAUUGAUAUUAAAUGACACCAGUUCAAUCGGAUAUUUACAACAAAUGUUCAACCAUAAACUUCGCACUCCUACUCACCUGUCAGAAACUGUCUCAUUUUGGAAUAUCACUAUUAUAUGUGUGUUGAUCAUUGCCGAGUCUUUAAUACUCAUUUUUCUUGAGGACUUCAUUUCAUCUGGUGUUUGGUGGUCCAUAGCACUAGUUAGUGUUGUUGGUCUCCUCAUAUUCAUUCUUGUUUAUUCAACAUGGCUACAACCCCAAAAUCAGGAUUUAGUCAACUUUAAGGUGCCUCUUCUUCCAAUCCUACCUGUGAUCAGUGUCUUUGUUAAUGUUUAUCUAAUGCUCAAACUGUCAUCUGCCACUUGGAUCAGGUUUGGAGUUUGGAUGUUUUUGGGCUUUUUAAUCUAUUUCUCAUACAGUCUCCACCACAGUGUAGAAUCUCAGUACGACGAACACAUUCCUCUCUCUCCGCGAUCAGACCAAGACGAGAGCAGCGAUGACAAUAUCUUUAGUGAAGAUGAAGAAAGUGACCAUGUUUUAUGGAACAGAAAAUAGAUCUUAGCCCUUCAGAAAUUCCUUCAUAGAAAUUUCAUGCUUUAAUAUCUCUUUCUAUUGAUGGUGCCUUUAAAUGCAGCAAGUGAUUUACAGAGUUAUUUUACAAGAGAUUAUUAAAAUUAUGAAGAGUAUUUUUAUUAGAUUUUUGCUCUGUCAAUUUCCAGGGUUCAUUAUCUACUUUGCCUAUGGAGUUUGGUUCAGUCUCGUAGAUAAAACGCUGCCAAAUUUCACAAUUGUGUACGAAAGAGAGGACGAACAGGUGGAAACACGCCCUCUCCUCAAAUAGAGCAUGCAGUUUUAAAACAAGAAUUUUCUUGAAUACCUGGUAAAUCAAUCAUGUGUGAUCGGAUCAAAGCAGCAAGGUUUAAAAAAAGAAUUCCAUAUAAUUUUAUUAUUUGUUAACUGUGAUAUUAUAUAUUGUCUUGUUGUAUAAAUUUGAUGAAAGUGAUAUUAAAUGUGGAUGGUGGAUUUAAA